CUACCUCGACAGGUAUCAUCAGCGUUGCCUCACUUCACCGGUGGAGCAGAGGAGCGCGGCGUUACGCAGAGCAUGUAGCCGAAACUACAGCAGACAGUGGAGCUGAAGUUUUCUGUUUUCUCGCUUCUCCAUACGGGAGAGACAUUUCCAACAUUUAGAUCCUGAUCCUCGACUCUCAACUCGUCCGGAGCUAAAUGACAAGUAGGCAGAGGCACAGAGCCACUCAGUGAUAACACGGGGCGCGAUGGAGAGCAAGGGAUUACUUCGCUGUAAGAUCGUGGUGGUCGGUGAUACGCAGUGUGGCAAGACGGCUCUCCUCCACGUUUUUGCCAAAGACUCGUACCCAGAGAAUUAUGUUCCCACGGUGUUCGAGAAUUACACGGCCAGCUUCGAGAUCGACAAGCAGAGGAUCGAGCUCAACAUGUGGGACACUUCAGGUUCAGCCUACUACGACAAUGUGAGGCCGUUAGCUUAUCCUGACUCAGACGCUGUGCUCAUCUGCUUUGACAUCAGCCGUCCAGAAACACUGGACAGCGUGCUGAAAAAGUGGCAAGGUGAGACACAGGAGUUCUGUCCCAAUGCCAAAGUGGUGCUGGUCGGCUGCAAGUUGGACAUGCGGACGGACCUCAAUGUCAUGAGAGAGCUUUCCAAACACAGACUCAUUCCUGUCACCCACGAACAGGGAACUAAUUUGGCAAGACAGAUCGGUGCCGUUGCCUAUGCAGAGUGCACCUCAAAGUAUUCUGAGAACAGCGUCCGUGAUGUUUUCCAUGUCACCACACUGGCGUCUGUGUCCCGCAUCCAUCGGCCUCAGCUCAAACGUGCUGGCUCACGUCGCGGCCUCAAGCGGGUCUCUCAGCAGCCACCUCGGACUGAGAUCCAUGAGCACCCACCUCCCAUUAGAAAGGACCGGGCCAAAAGCUGUGUGCUCAUGUAGGACCAGAGUCCGCCAGAAACCUAACCUGUGUGUGCUGAUGGACGUGAACCAUACCGCACAUGAACUUAAUUUAUUGGUGAAUUCUUGUCAGAUCUUUGCACUGCAUAAAGGACAAUUUGAUGAAAACAAGUACAAAUGCUAUCCUGUGGAGUUCUUUAAGGAAUUGUUUGUCCAUCUUUAGCAAAGCUCUCCUUGUUAUUUUUCUCUGUGGCUGUGUUCUCAUCGGGGAGGGAGGGGUCAAUGUAAUGGCAAAAGCUAUUUUUCUUUAAUGCUUUUACUUGAACAAAUGGACAGAAAUGGCCAUGGACACAACCAGGCUGGUUAGCAAAUGAAACACAAGGGCAGAAUAAAAGUGUGAAUGGAGAUAAAGGCAAAAAUAAUAAUUUGAAAGGACCCAGCAGUAACAGUGCCGGUCUUGGCCUCUAUUAUGUUGUUUCCUGUUUUGAAAUGCUAUUCUCUCUCUCUCUCUAAGUGUUUAAGUAAAUGAAGCACAAUACAAUGCACGCAAACUGUUCUGAAUUAUACGUAAAUGUCAGGGAAUGAACACGCUGUUCCACUUCAUACGACAAAGAAAAUCCGGACAGACAGAAUACUCGUGGGCUGAGAUUACACUAAUUUUCUUAAACCACAAGUGCUUUUAAUAUGGAAAACUAAAUAAUCACUUACCACAUAAUACUGAAGUGUUGUGAAAUUAAUACUGUUCUAAUAAGCCACAGUGGGAAGAAAAAUCACAGAGGGGGUGAAGAGGGUGACUGUUAUGUUGUACAUGUAAUAAUGAAAUAAAAAAAACUUGCUCUGCUAAAUGUUGAAACAUC